GCAGCCGCAGCAGGCGCGUGCUGCCGCUCCAUCCCAUUCAUUCCUACACAGCGGAGCGGAGCGCACGCGGCGACAUCCUCCACAUUCCGCCAAACUCCGCCCUCCGUGCCAAAAAAAAAAAAAAAAAAAAAAAAAAGGAAAAGCCGUCAGUGUUGCUCAGGUCGUCGCUCCAGACGCACCGGAGGAGGAGGACAGCGCGGCGGCACGAGCGCCACGUCGACUAAGAAAAACAAAACAAACCCAAACAAAAGAUUUAAUUUGUCUCUCAGCUUUAACCCGCCGUCUGAAGCGGAGUUUCACCUCCUGAACCAUGUUGGACCCUUCCUCCAGCGAGGACACCGGCGGAGAGUCCGACUCAGAAGUUGUCCAGGAUCCCCCGAAAAAACCCGACGCCUCCCCCGGGAAGCGCGGACCCAACCGGGCGAAGGACCAGCAGCAGCAGCCGGCCGCACCUGGAGCUGCCCCCGGGAAAGGUAAAGGCACAGGUGAAGACGAGGAGAGGAAGGAGCGGGAGCGGCUCCAGAAGGAGGAAGAGGAGAGGAAAAUCAAGCUGCAGAUCUACGUGUUCGUGCUGCGCUGCAUCGCCUACCCGUUCAACGCCAAGCAGCCGACCGACAUGGCCCGACGGCAGCAGAAGCUGAAUAAGCAGCAGUUGCAGGCGGUGAAGGAGCGUUUCCUGGCCUUCCUCAGCGGGGACACUCAGAUCGUGGCGGAUGAAGCUUUCUGCAACGCCGUGCGGAGCUACUAUGAGGGCUUCCUGAAGAGCGAGCGAGUGUCCCGCAUGGUGCAGAGCGGCGGCUGCUCGGCCAGCGACUUCCGCGACGUCUUCAAGAAGAACAUCGAGCGGCGCGUCCGCAGCCUGCCGGAGAUCGACGGCCUGAGCAAGGAGACGGUGCUGAGCUCCUGGAUCGCCAAGUACGACGCCAUCUACAGGGGGGACGAGGACAUGCGGCGCCAGCCCCCGCGGGCGCACCUGAGCGCCGUGUCGGAGCUGAUCCUCAGCAAGGAGCAGCUGUACGAGAUGUUCCAGCAGAUCCUCGGCAUCCGCAAGUUCGAGCACCAGCUGCUGUACAACGCCUGCCAGCUGGACAAUGUGGACGAGCAAGCAGCUCAGAUCCGCAGAGAGCUGGACGGGAGGCUGCAGCUGGCCGAGAAGCUGGCCCGGGAGAGGCGAUACCCAAAGUUUGUGGCGGGAGACAUGGAGGCGCUGUACGUGGAGGAGCUUCGUUCUUCGGUGAACCUGCUGAUGGCGAACCUGGAGAGCCUGCCGGUGUCCAAAGGAGGACCGGACUUCAAACAGAAGCUGAAACGCUCCUCCAUGAACAACUCCUUCCUGGACAUGGGAGAUGAGGGAGACAUCCUGUCCAAGUCCGACGUGGUGCUGUCCUUCACUCUGGAGAUCGUGAUUGUGGAGGUUCAGGGGCUGAAGUCGGUGGCUCCCAACCGGAUCGUGUACUGCACCAUGGAGGUGGAGGGAGGGGAGAAGCUGCAGACGGACCAGGCCGAAGCCUCCAGACCUCAAUGGGGGACCCAGGGGGACUUCACGACGACGCACCCUCUGCCGUCCGUCAAAGUGAAGCUGUUCACGGAGAGCACAGGGGUCCUGGCUCUGGAGGACAAGGAGCUGGGCAGGGUGGUCCUGAACCCCACCACCAACGGGCCGAAGCAGGCGGAGCUGCACAGGAUGGUCGUUCCCAAACACAGCCAGGACAGCGAGCUGAAGAUCAAACUGGCCGUUCGCAUGGACAAGCCUCCCAACAUGAAGCACAGCGGGUAUCUGUACGCCCUGGGACAGCGAGUGUGGAAACGCUGGAAGAGAAGAUAUUUCGUUCUGGUCCAGGUCAGUCAGUACACCUUCGCCAUGUGCAGCUACAGAGAGAAGAAGUCUGAGCCGCAGGAGCUGAUGCAGCUGGAGGGCUACACGGUGGACUACUGCGACCCGCAGCCAGGUUUGCAGGGUGGUCGGGUGUUUUUCAACGCCGUGAAGGAGGGCGACCUGGUGAUGUUCGCCAGCGACGACGAGCAGGACCGGGUGCUGUGGGUGCAGGCCAUGUACCGAGCCACGGGGCAGUCCUACAAACCGGUCCCGCCCCCCCAGAACAAGACCACCAACUGCCGAGGAGCCAAUCAGAAGCCAGCGUCGCCGAUCAGUUUGGAUCCGUCUCAGAGGCAGGGCGUGGAGGAGCUGAUCUCUGCGGCGCCGUGUCGUUUCGACCACGCCGCCUUGUUCACCAUUUUGCAGAAACACACGCUGCAGCACCGGAUGAACGACUCCUUCUCCUGCCUGGGCUGGUUCAGUCCGGGUCAGGUGUUCGUCCUUGACGAGUACUGCGCCCGGUACGGCGUCAGAGGCUGCCACCGCCACCUCAGCUACCUGAGGGACCUGAUGGACUACUCGGAGAACAACGCCCUGGUCGACCCCACCCUGCUGCACUACAGCUACGCCUUCUGUGCCUCCCACGUCCACGGAAACAGGCCAGACGGGAUGGGCACUGUGACCGUGGAGGAGAAGGAGCAGUUUGAGGCUGUCCGGAAUCGCCUCAUGGCCCUGCUGGAGCACCAGAUCACACAUUUUAGGUACUGCUUUCCCUUUGGACGACCAGAUGGGGCCCUGAAAGCAACGCUCUCUCUGCAGGAACGGGUUUUGAUGAAGGACAUCACCACGCCCAUCCCUGCAGACGACAUGAAGAAACUGUUGCAGAGUUGUCUGGAGAAAGCAGCGCGCAUCAACUACACCCAGCUGAUUGAAUACGCUCAGAUCGAGGUGGAGGCUCAGGCGGCUCCAGAGAAGAGGCUGGAGGACAUGAUGAGGCUGGGAGAGCUCUGCAUCGAAGUCCUGCAGCAAAAUGACGAGCAUCACUCUGAGGCUUUCUCCUGGUGGCCGGACCUCAUGGCCGAACACGCCGAGAUCUUCCUGUCGCUCUACAGAGCCGACAUGGACGCCGCCCUGCAGGUCCAGCCCAUCGACUCCUGGGACAGCUUCCCGCUCUUUCAGCUCCUCAACAACUUCCUGCGAACCGACCCUCACCUGUGCAACGGCACCUUCCACAAAUACCUGCAGGAUCUGUUUGUGCCCCUGGUGGUGCGCUACAUCGACCUGAUGGAGUCGUCCAUCGCCCAGUCCAUCCACCGCGGCUUCGAGCAGGAGACCUGGCAGUCCGUCAACAACGGCUCGGCCACCUCAGAGGAUCUCUUCUGGAAGCUGGACGCUCUGCAGAUGUUCGUCCUGGACCUCCACUGGCCCGAGCCCGAGUUCGCCAAACACCUGGAGCAGAGGCUCAAACUCAUGGCCAGCGACAUGAUGGAGGCCUGCGUCAAGAGAACAAAAUCAGCCUUUGAUGCCAAAAUGCAGAAAGCCAGCAAGUCGACGGACUUCCGUGUUUCGCUGUCAGUGUGCACGAUGUUCAACGUGCUCAUGGACGCCAAGAAGCAGUGCUCCAAACUCUGUGUGCUGGACGCCGGUCAAGAGAUUGACAAACAAUGGCAACAGUACCACUCCAAAAUCGAUGUCCUGAUCGACGAGGCUUUCAAAGAAAUGAUUUCCUCGCUCGUCUCAAAGUUUGCCUCUGUUUUAGACGGCGUUCUCUCCAAGCUCUCGAGAUACGAUGAAGGAACAUUCUUCUCUUCAAUCCUCUCUUUCACAAAACCCGGCAUGGAUCUGGCCGACACCUACAUCACCUUCGUACGGCAGAACCAGGACAUCCUGCGGGACCGCGUGAACGACGAGCUGUACACGGAGAAGGUGUUCGACCAAUGGUACACCAGCUCCAUGAAGGCCGUGUGUGUGUGGCUGACGGACAGACUGGACCUGCAGCUGCACAUGUACCAGCUGAAGACGCUCAUCAAGAUUGUCAAGAAAACCUACCGUGACUUCCGGCUGCAGGGCGUCCUGGACGGCACGCUGAACAACAAGAGCUACGAGACCAUCUACAACCGGCUGACGGUGGAGGAAGCCACGGCGGCCGUGAAGGCCGGCGACGGCCUGCAGGGCAUCAGCAUGAGGGACAGCGAUGAGGAGGACGACUGAGCGCCGCCGCCACACCUCAGCCCCGUGUGUGUGUGUGUGUGUGUGUGUGUGUGUGAGGUCUUUUUUUUUAUUAUUAUUUCUGAGUGCGUGUUGCAGGUCAGAGGACAUGGAGGACACGUGUGCACGUGUUGUCAGAAUGUACGGACAGCAAAUGGAAGAAGACGGCGCUGACGAACCUCCCUGUGCAGCCACAUCCUUUCAUUUUUAUAUUUCUUAAAUUUUCCUGCAAAGCCACACAAAAAAGCCACAUCACGCUCUUUUGUAGCUCAUUUUAUUUUAAGGAACUUUUUCUCUGCAGGGCUCAAACACCUGAAAAGACAAAAAAAAAACAGUCCACACCAGCCAAAUCUCCAGCGCUCAGCAUCUCCGACCUGCAGACGCUGAACUCACAGCAACUCCAGUUUUAGAAAAUGUUGCCAAACUGCUGCUGCAGUUUCACUCGUUAUUCAUGGUGGAUUUAGUUGUAAAUGAUGCAAAAAAAAAAAUGGUUUUAGUUUUCAUGCUGUUUUUUAUUUUUUUUUUUUUUUUCACAGCAAACACAAACUUACAGUGAAACAGGUUGCAGGGACGGUGAAAUACACCUUUAUUUGACAGAAUGAGAUGUUCAGGUGGAAACUUACUGAUCUAAGGGUGUUGCAGUUUCGAAGGGCGGGGCAGCCCAGCUUGUUUUUAAAGACGAGCGGCACGCCGAGCUCAGCAGAACAGAUUUUAGGAGCUGCUGGUUUGGCUGCACAGCUUCUGCUUUUGUUCACAUUUGACAUCAGAACAUCUGAAGUGCUCCAUUAAUUAUGAGUUAUUAGUGCUCUGCAUGAACCUGAGGGGUCUUUAACGUCAGGAAACUGUGUGUGUGUGUGUGUGUCUGUGUCUGUGUCUGUGUGUGUGUGUGUGUGUGUGUGUGUGUGUGUGUGUGUGUGUGUGUCCUGUUUGAAGCUGUACACUUAUGCCUGGAAGCAUCUUUUUUUUUUUUUUUUUUUUUUAAACAAGUUUUGGACUCACACAAAAAGUCUUAAAAUGUGGGGAUCAGUGUGAGUGCACAUGAAUGACUACAUGUAGACACUUUUUUUUUUUUUUUUUUUUUUUUUUUACUGUUGUGAAUAAUGAAUAAUGUGAACCGGUAUUGCCAAACGUAUCGAUCACCGAUCAAAGAGGUUCAGGCGAUCAAACUGCAGAGGAAAAACCUGAACGUGGAGCAGCACUGAGGGAGGGAGGCAUCGCUUCACGUUCACUGUGUGUGUGUGUGUGUGUGUGUGUGUGUGUGUGUGUGUGUGUGUACAGUCAGAGCCGUGCACCGUAGGGCCUCACGUUGAUCCUGUGCCAACUUUAUCUGCCGUUUGAACUGUCCAGUCCAGUUUGUGUCAGUGGAGUUAAAAAGGCCAAAAAAAAAAUGAAAAGAAAAAGAAAAAAAACAAUGGACAAAAAUA